CUUUCAAAUUUUAUUGUAGUGAGCAAAAAUAUCCACUGAUUUUUACAAUCAACAUCUGUUGUUUUCAUUUUGAUCGUUUCAGAAACAUCGUCAGUGAAAAAACAAUUGAAUUUCAAAAGAAAAAUGAAUCCCAAAAUUCUGAUUGCAAUCGGUGUGAUUGGCGCCGCAUUCAUCAUUAUCGGCAUGUCGGUAUUAUUCGGUGCAUUACCGAAAAUUGUUCAGGAUAAAGUUAAUGAGCAAAUGGUACUUGAUGAAAAUAAUACCGAUAUAUAUGAUAUGUUUAAGUCAUUACCGGUACCAUUGCAAUUUCGUAUUUGGGCAUUUGAAGCUGAUGUCUCAACUUUUGAUGGACAACAUAUCAAUACAAUAACAUACAAAAAACGUGGCCCAUAUGUUUAUAAUGAACAAAGAAAUAAAUCAUUUAUCGAAUUCAGUUCGGAUGGUAAUAAUGUUUCAUAUACCUUGGACAAAUACUAUACAUUUAAUAAAGAUGAAUCCUGUCCUGGUUGUAGCAAAGAUGAUAAGAUUAACUUUUUCAAUCCACUCUUCGCUAUGGAACAAACAAGAUUAGAUGGCUUAAUAGAAGCGAACAAAAAGGAUCCGGAAACAUUACGUAUAUAUGAAAGUCUCAUAUAUAAUUUCGAUACUAUUGAUGAUCUACUUAUAACGGGUAAUUCAAAUCUGGGCCAAAGUAUUCUUGCCUCAAAAGAUUUUAACACAUUUAUUGUGGAUACGGGGAAAUCCGAUAUAAAACAAUUAGAACAAGUAUUAUCAUAUGCUGAUAAUAGCGAAAUAACUGGUGUCUGGCCAAAUAAUGAUGAUGGCAGUACUUCACGUUGUAAUAAAUUAAUUGGUACCGAUGCAACACAAUAUGCACCUGGUUUGACUGGUGAUGAAACAAUAUGGGCAUUCGAAACACUGUUAUGUUAUUCCUUAUAUGCCAAACAUGGUAUAUUACCGGAUCGUGAUGUGAAAGAUAUACCAACAUACCGUUAUACAAUAAUGAAAGAGAAUUUUUUGGAAACACUUGAAAAUAGUUGUUUCUGUCUGGAAGAUGAUAUUAAACAAUGUACAUCUGGCAUGUUGAAUCUGAAAAAAUGUGGCGCUGCAAUUGGUUUUGAAUUUCUUGCCAGUCCGGCAUAUUUCUUCGAAGCACCUGAACAUCUUAAAUGGACUGGUUUGGAUAAAAUAGUAAAUAUCGAUGAUAUUACCGAAGAAAAUUGUGGAACAUUUUUCGACAUUGAACCCCAAACCGGUAUCGUAUUGAAUGCUGAAAAGAAAUUAAUGCUCAAUAUCAAAGUGCGACCUAAUGCUGUACCUGCACUAAAAGAUUUGGCUACAGAUAAAUAUUUCAAUUAUCAAGUGUCACCAUUUCUUUAUAUUGAAGAAGCUGGUGGAAUUGAUGAUGAAAAUGCAAAAAAAUUAAAGGAUAAAUUAUAUCCGAAAAAAGUAGCUACAGCCGCAUUAAUCAUAAUGAUUGUUGUUGGUGUUUUAUUGAUCUGUGUUUCUGUAUUUUUAUAUUUCCGCCAAUUAUAAUCUAAUCCAGUUUUAACUAAUUAUUUAUUCUUUCCUAUCAAAUUAUAAUAAUAAAUUAUAAACUAAUUUCA